AUUUUUUAUUUUUUUUCUUGGUAAAAGUUAACUCUAAGCUCCCCUUAUUUAUCUCUCUUUUUACCUUUUACAUAAAACAUGUUUUGGCGUUUCGGGUUUAAUAACCCUUCAGCAAUUGAUGGUCUUUUAGAACAAGAAGAUGUUACUUUGGAAGAAAUAUUAUGUGAUCAGGAUAUCAUUCAAGAAGCUAAAUCACAAAACCCAAAGCUAAUCGAGUUUCUCUUGAAAAAAGAAAACAUUGCUCAGCUUAUUGCUUUAUUCUUCUCGCUGGACAUUGAUAAGCAAAGACUUCCCUUAAUUGCAUGUGAAAUUCUUGCUUGUGAAAUACCUCAACUAAUAGAUGCCAUUGUCAUUGAGCACGUCGAAAUACUCGAAGAUUUCUGGAAUUUUUUAAAGUUGCCCUUUUCUCCAGACGCAUCCUAUUCUUUCCAGUCUUCUUACUUUUGCAAAAUCAUUACUAUAUUCCUCACAAAGAGAGCAUUGGAGAUGUUAGACUUUAUUAAAUCAAAGCCCGCCAAUUUGGACAUGAUAUUGUCACACCUACAAAGUUCAGCUAUUAUGGAUUUAUUGUUAACUCUGGUCCGUCUAGAGGAGUUACCCGAAGCAAAAGGAACUGUCCAGUGGUUAAAUGAUAAUGGCCUAUUGUUGAACCUUAUAAAUAGGCUGGAUCCAAAUCUUGAAACAGAGGAGCAUUGUACAGCACAACAAUGUAUUUGUGAAAUCAUUCGAAUGUCGCAAACGAGUUUAUUAGAAUCACCUAGUAUUGGCGUUAAUGACAUUAUACUUCAGUUAACAAGCAAAGAAGUGAUGGAAAAGUUGGUUAAUUACAUGCUGGAUUCAUCUAAACCCAACUCUACAUCUACACUGAUUAAUGGAGUCACAAUUAUUAUUGAUAUUAUUCGACAUAAUAACAGCGAUAUGGAUAACGAGACAGCUGCUGUUGUCAUGGGAUACGGAAACCAGACAGUGCGUCAACCGAUGAUUUCACUUGUAGAUAUGCUUCGUGUAUUAACCCUUCAUAUACAAGACUUUAACCAUUUACUCUUGAACCCUAAAACCGUGCCCCAACUCAUGGUGCGAGAAUCAUUGCCUAUUCCACUGGGCUUUGAGCGGUUAAAGAUUUGUGAGCUGUUUGCCGAAUUAUUGCAUUGUUCCAACAUGUCCAGUUUAAAUAUCACCAAGGAGGAUGAGCCUACGCCGGGUGAUUUAUUGAAACUUGAAUUCGUAAAACAUAAGGUCUUACCCACAUGUACAGAUUUGUUCUUUUAUUUUCCUUGGAACAACUUUUUACAUUAUGUUGUCUAUGAUAUGUUACAUCAAGUAUUCAAUGGUCAAAUGAACAAAGAAUCCAAUCGACAAUUAGCUCUUUCAAUAUUUACACAAGGUCAUUUAACUGAUAAAAUCGUCCAAGCGCAAGAGAAGAACGACAUUGAAUGCCAAAAGCCCAAAGGGAUGCGUUUAGGUUACAUGGGACAUUUGACCUUCAUUUCAGAUGAAGUCAUCAAAUUGUUUGAAGGAUAUCCUGAAGGAAUUAUUUCAGCCGUAAAAGACUCGAUUGAUUUAGACAAAUGGCAUGUCUAUUGUGUGGGACAGCUCAAAGAGACUAAAGAGAGAGAUAGUUUGCCUUUAGGAGAAAUUAGACAGAAUGGUAUGCACGCUAUUAUAAAUGAUGAUGACGAUGAUGAUGAAGAGGAGGAAGAGGAUGAGGAGGAAGAUGAAGAUCAUACGGAAGCUACUUUAAGAAGCCAAAUGAGUCGAUUUGAUACUAGUGAUCAAUCUCAUGAUACUUGGAUUACCCGAGGCAACGAGGAUUAUUUGUUCACUGAAACUGAUUAUGCCGUCAAUGAAAAUCCUGCUGGUCUAGUAGUCUCACAUCAAGCGGAUGAGGAAAAGGAGGAUGAAGAAACAACGGUGGAUUGGACGGGUGGAUUCAGUGAUUCUUUCACAGCCCAACCAGCCGCAGGUUUACAGACACCCCAAAAACACGAUUCGCCCGAGGACGAUGAUCCAUUUGGUGAUUUCAAUAGCAGUAACAGCACCACAGAACCAGAUCAAACAUGGCAAGAUGGCUUCUCGACUAAUUUUGCUGAUAUGGAUGUAAAAGAGAAAAAUUUGAAAAAGGAAACUCCCGCUUCUGCUUAAUAUAACAUCCUUGAACAUUUUUUUUUUUUGUCUAUACAUUUUUCCCCCUUAUAUUUUUGUAUAACGUCCUAUUAUUACUAACUCUUGCCAUUUUCUCUUUUCAUAUCUUUCUUAUAAUAUACUACAACUUUUAUGUUUUUACGACAAUUUUUUUUUUAUGCUGGUUACUUUAAAGAAUCAGUUGGUAUUAUUCUUUUAUCUACAAAUCGGGAUUGAUCUUCCUACCUACAAGAGCGGGUUUGCAAGGAUGGGCUUUAUAUCUUCU